AUCUGAACGAAGCCAUUCAAAACCUUGCUUCCCGUCAAGCGUUAUUUUCCCCUCUGAAACUCUUAACUUCCAACUCUAUGGAGGUGCAAACAACAAAAAUUCAUGCAGCACUACUUGCUAGCCCUGGGAUAGGACACCUCGUCCCAGUGCUUGAGCUAGGCAAACGCCUUGUAACUCAACUUGAUUUCCAAGUAACCAUCUUCGUUGUGGGAGCUGAGCCCUCAGUUCUUGAGUCCCAGCUUCAAAACUUCCCCAAGUCAAGUAUCUUCAAUGUUGUCUCACUCCCGCCCGUCGAUAUCUCAGGCCUUGUUGACCCUAAUGCAUCAAUAGUAACAAAAAUUAUCGUUAUGAUGCGUGAGUCCGUACCAGCCCUCAGAUCCCAAAUCUCGGUAUUGAAGCUUCGUCCCACGGUUCUCAUCGUAGACUUGUUUGGAACAGAAGCUUUACCGUUGGCUGAUGAGUUGAACAUGUUAAACUACGUGUUAAUUGCUUCUAAUGCAUGGUUUCUUGCAGCAACAACAUAUUUUCCUACCAUUGAUGGGAAGCAGGAAGAUGAGCACAUUAUCCAACAAAAACCGCUAAUAAUUCCAGGUUGCAAACCGGUUCGCUUUGAGGAUACCCUGGAGGCCUUUUUGGUAAAAAACGAUGAGUUGUAUGUGGAGUAUCUACGUAUAGGGCUUGAAAUACCGGCGGCUGAUGGAAUUUUGGUCAACACCUGGGAGGACUUGGAGGCCAAAACACUUCAAAGCAUGAGAGAUACCAAGAUGUUAGGCCGGGUCACCAGGAUUCCGAUUUAUCCAAUUGGUCCAUUAGUGAGAGAGGUGAAAUCACCAGCUUUGGAGAAUCCUGUAUUGGAUUGGCUAGACAACCAACCAACUGAAUCAGUGAUUUAUGUGUCAUUCGGAAGUGGAGGCACCUUAUCAGCUAAACAAAUGACCGAGCUGGCAUGGGGUUUGGAGCUAAGCCAACAAAGAUUUAUUUGGGUGAUACGCCCUCCAGUGGAAAAUGAUGUAACUGGGGCCUAUUUCAGUGUAGGAAAAGGAUCAGAUGACACUCCGGAUUAUUUGCCUGAGGGGUUCUUGACACGCAACUCAAAACUAGGAUUAGUGAUCCCAGACUGGGCUCCACAGGCAGAGAUCUUGAGGCAUCCAUCGGUUGGUGGAAUUUUAUCGCACUGUGGAUGGAAUUCAACAACAGAGAGUAUAGUGAAUGGGGUGCCAAUGAUAACUUGGCCACUCUACGCAGAGCAAAAGAUGAAUGCCACAAUGCUCACAGAAGAUAUUGGGGUGGCUAUAAGAUCUAAGAAGUUGCCGACGGAGAGUAUAGUGGAGAGAAAGGAGAUAGAGACGCUGGUGAGAAGUAUUAUGGUGGAAGAAGAAGGAAAUAAAAUAAGAAGCAGAGUAAAGGAACUAAAAUCCAGCGCGGAAAAGGCCUUGAGUAGAGGUGGUUCCUCCUACAAUUCAUUGUCACGAGUUGCCGAAGAUUGUGAGAAAAGCUUGCAAGGCCUGGUAGCAAGGGCCCAUGGUGCAUGAACCAUUCAAAGAAAUUCAUUUGUUAACUACAUGAUGUGUUGCGUUGAAGAAGCUGUUUGAUUUGGUCUUAUGCAGACUGUUAUGUUAUGUAUUUUGUUGGGAAGAAGGAAAUGGAUGUGACGUUCAUGAAUAAAAGAUGUUGUGUUUAUCUUAAUUAAGUAUGAUUAGAAUUAACGAAGCUUGUCGUCAAGUACUUAUUUGUUAUGUAGCGCUUUGCAAAUGGAGGCAAAUAUUGUACAAAUCAAGUUAUAUGCCAAAUUAAAGGGCGGCAGAUUCCGAGCAGAACACCAAAAAGGCAAAAUCUGAUAUGCCUAUUCGGUUGAUUACAUUU